GUUCGCACAAAUUCUAAGCGAGCUCGCGCGCGCACAUUCCCACUGGUUCGCAACAACUUGCAACAGGAUUUUAUACCGUCAAGGGCCCCUGGAGAAUGGAGAUCCAAUCACCAUGGGCGCCCAGCUACUGCAUCGCAGAUAAUGCCGAAUUGACAGGUCUGGCAUUUUAGAAUUAUACUUGUGCGCGCAUAGGCUGCUCGAUCCAAACUCGGUAACUCCUGUGCUCGGAGGAUCGUGGCCCGAAGUUCUGGAUCCGAUGCUGUAGUCUCUCCCGCCGAUGCGGAUAACCCCCGGCUCCCCUAGUUCCAGCCUAUCACAGGCACCAGGAGCCGCUUCCCGGCGGGCACUGGCCGGCAGGCAAUGAUUCCGCCCACCUGUUCAGCGCGGCCGGGGACUCCACCAAGACACGGGCACGGGCACGAGGCCACGAGUCCACGACUCCCAACCGAAACGCGCGAGUUAUUACGCUUUACGCGCGGACACGGCGGCCACCCGCCCGUGCCGUGAGGCCGUGACCCGAAACGCUCCAUUACUCGCGCGGCUUAAAGCGUUUCCUCCCUUUCCUUUCCCUUCCCUGCCUGCCUCAGAUCUCGCCCACCUGCUGCUAGGCUCGCCACUUCCGUCUACCUCCCCGCCUCGAUCGCCGUCGAGCUCCCCCACGCUUGACUGACCCCAUCCGCGCUUGGAUUGGUGGCCAGAGGGCGACGCGCCCAGCUACCUACCGGUUCCUUCCUCUGAAUUGGCCGCAGCUAGCUGUUCCACCUCGCUGUUCUUGGCCCAGCUGCUCUCUGCUCUUGUCGAGGGAUGGUCCAGUGCUGCUCCAACAAGGCUCCCCGCCGACAUUGAGCUACUGUGCCUUGCCGCUGCCGAUUCGAUCGGGGUUCCUCUCUGGAUCGUACCGUGGCGGCUGUCCGAUGGGCUGCACGGGGUCCAGGCACGCGCUGCGCGGCGGCGUCCGGGGUGGCGGCCGGUCGCCGCACGCGCGGAGCCGCUCCGGCGCCGUUCACCACACCGUUGCGCUCAAGUCCUCCACGCUGGGGUCGCUCAGCCUCGACCGGGACGAGGAGGAGAUGAUGAAGUGGCGCGACGACGGCGGUGUUGUCGGCGCCGCGAAGACGCCGCCGAUGCCGCUGAAGCCGCAGCUGAUGCGGCGGCAGAAACAGGUGCCAGGCUCGCCGGCCAAGACGCCGCAGGUCCGCGAACCCGAGGUGAUCAACGUGUGGGAGCUCAUGGACGGCCUUGACGACAAGGACGAGGACGGCGAGGAGCGGCGCGAGAAGUCGGCCCCAGGAUCGCCCGAGUUCGAUCCGGACGUCAUCGCCGCGUUCCGGAAGGCGCUGGAUGAGAUACCCCCGCCGCCGGACGACCCCGGCAACGAGGAGUGUAUCAAGAAGCCUGGUGACGGCCCGGGCGGGGGCGGCGACGAGGUGGGCGUCAAGAAGCGGGAGAUACAGAGGUUCCCGGGCAUCGUGCGCGCGCGGGUCAGCGCGUUCCAGCAGAGGAUCGACGCGAAGCUCGCCAAGCUGGCGCCUCCGCAGCCGCAGCCGCCGGCUCUGCCGCCCCCGCCGGAUAGCGCCCGGAAGGUGGUGCUGUACCUGACCAGCCUCCGCGGCAUCCGCAAGACGUACGAGGACUGCUGGUCCGCCAAGUCCAUUCUGCAGAGCUACGGCGUGCGCGUCGACGAGCGCGACCUGUCGAUGCACUCGGGGUUCAAGGACGAGCUCCACGCCGCGCUGGGCUCCACCAGUGCGGGCAGCAGGCUCCCGCAGGUGUUCGCGGACGGCAGGCACCUGGGCGGCGCCGAGGAGAUCCGCCGGAUGCACGAGGCCGGCGAGCUGUCGAAGGCGCUCGAGGCCUGCGAGAUGGCGCCCCCGCCGAGCUCCGGCGGCAAGGGCAUUGCCCUGGAGGCGUGCUCCGGCUGCGGCGGCGUGCGGUUCGUGCCCUGCGAGGAGUGCUCCGGCAGCUGCAAGGUGUUCCUCGAGGAGGUGGGCACCUUCAGGCGGUGCCCCGAGUGCAACGAGAACGGGCUAGUGCGGUGCCCUCUGUGCUCCUUGUGAAAAUCUCAGAAGCCGCUGUGGGUUAUGGGAUUUUUGUUAGUGUGGGUUUGUAAGAUUUUGCUGAGGAGUGCGUAUUUGUCGUUCUAGCUGCGGGUUUGUACAGAAGUUACACGCAUGUGUAACUUUAUUAGGACUGAUGAAGCAACUGAUGACCGUAUUUAUGUUUUGUUGA